AUGAAUGAAAACUCCGUUGUAACAAAUAUAUGUGAUGGAUGUUUAAGUAAAGAUCGUGUCCUAACAAGUUUUAGCUAUGAAUUUUUGUAUUUAUACUCCCAACUUCUUGGAACUCCGCUUAAUAUGAAGACCAUAAACAUGUGUUGGGAAUGCUGUGCUGUGUUAAGAAAGGUAGAGAGGUUUAAAAAACAAAUUAAAAAAGCACAGAACUGUAUGCUAGACUUGGUGGAAAACCACUCGCUAUCUAAAUUAAAGCAAACUAAAUGCCUCAAAAUUGAUUAUUCAAGUCAUGAAAUAGAAAGCAAAGACUUUAAAACUGAAGAUGAAUCUCUGUAUAAGUCACUAGGAAUGCAAGAUUUUUCAAACCACAAUAUUACACAUAAUUUUUAUAACAAUAAUGGAUUUAAUAGCGAAACUGAUUUACAUAGAAAUAAUGAUGUAAAGUGUGAAUUUUUUAGCCAUAAUAAUUAUGAGACUGAAUUUGAUUAUGUAGAUGCAGAUUGUACUGAUGUUUUCUACAGUGUAGAUGAAAAAAUUGUGAAGACUCUUGAAGAGUUUGAUGAAUCAGAUGAGGAACCAUUGCGGAAUAAAAAGAUAAAAACAAAGGAGAAAAUGAAGAAAGAGACCAAGAGACGAGAGAAGGCAUCUGGUGUGGUGAUGAAUGCUCGAGUGAUGAAAAAGCUUCAACAACUGAAUGUUAAUGGUGAUCACCUUGAAAUGGUGUUGCUUAGUUGGGAAGAGGUGGAAAGUGAGCGUCAAGCGACGUUGCAGAAUCCAAAAUUCAUGCGACACGCCCACAAAUGCCACCAAUGUGCACUCGGAUUUAACCAUGCUUGUAAACUAGAAGAACAUAUGAAGAAACAUCAACCGUGCGAGGGUAGUGUGGAAUGUGACUCGUGUCAUAUUCAAUGUAAAGACAAACAGGCGCUGGCCUCACAUCGGCGAAGACAUCGAGUGAGAUGGCGUUGCGUUGUAUGCGGCGGAUGUUGGUCCCGUGCGAGCGUAGCAGCGGAUCACGUCCACAGACAUCACGCGGGACCGACGCCAACCCACACGUGCAAUAUGUGCGGACAUCGGGACACGACAUUAGGCAAACUACGAAAUCACAUCAAAAAGGCCCACUCCGGUCAGCAUAAAUGCGAACUUUGUGAUAAAGUAUUUCGGGAUAAGACAUCUCUCAGGAAACAUUUGUUUAUCCACAGUGGUGUAAAAGAAUAUUCGUGUAGUGAGUGUGGGAAGCAGUUUCUAUUUAAGAAGGCGAUGGAAAUACACCUAGUCACGCAUCAGUCGCCGGCCUAUAUGUAUUGUUAUCAGUGCGACAUGACGUUCAAGAAUCAAAUGUCAUACAACCAACAUAUGAAGUACAACCUCAAGCAUAUAGAUCCAGAUAAGCUCAAAUACGCUUGCAAAUUGUGCGAUAAAAAAUUUGUAAAGGCAAAGCGACUUGAAGAACACAACAUGGCGGUGCAUUUAAAGAUAACACACAUACAAUGUCCCGUCACUGGGUGCACCUUUGCGUGUUCGUCCCGUGCUGUACUGAGGUCCCACCGUCGAGCGAUUCACGCGCAACACGUGACGUCACGGAAUCACGUGUGUGAUAUGUGCGGGAAGGCUUAUACUACAAAGAAAAGUCUAGAAGGCCACUUGCGCAUGCACAGCGGUGAGCGUCCGUUCCGUUGUACGAAAUGUCCCGCUGCCUUUGGCUACGAGAGCGCCCUCUAUAACCACAAUAAGCUCGUACAUUUAAAACAUAAGGUAAACCGUAGCCGCGCCCAGCCAAACUCAAAUUGGAUCGAAGUUCCUACAGAUUAA